AAAGGAAGAGUUAUGUGUAGGAAAUAUAAAGGGAAUUAUUGGGAUAUAUUGAGUUUGAAUAAUGUAAUAACAGUUUGUAAACCUAUACAAUGUUAUAGCAAGAUAGAUAAUGUAAUAUUAGUGUAUAUUCAAGCUAGAAAUAUAACAGAAGUGAGUAGAGAUAGCGAAUAAUGCUCGACAAAUUUGGCAUAAAACUCAGGAAGUUUGUAAUAUAACUGUAAAAUGAAGAGGAAGUGAGAUUUGAAAAGGUCCAGUUUGAAAGAAGAAUGUUGUUGAGAGCCUAAUACUUGUGGACUGUUUAUUAAUGGUUAUGGUUGAACAAACACGUCACCUAGUUAAGUUUUUUGAUGAGAUAAAUUGAUUGAUUAUUUACUUCCUAUCUUUAAUUAUAAUAGCAGUAAAUCAUUACAAAUCACAAGGUAGAGAGAACAGGAAUAAAUUAUCAAAAUGUUACAACAGAUUUUAAAACAGAUGUAUAUAGAACCUGACUUAUUAAAUGAAUUAUCUGAAGAACAAAAACAAAUUUUAUUUAUCAAAUUGAGAGAGGAACAAAUACGAAGAUGGAAAGAAGAAGAUGAGAAACAUGAAAAAGCUCAAGCCAAAAACAACAUUAAGCCUAAAAAACCUCCUAAACCUGGUAAACAUCCCAAAACAGUUAAAUUUUUAACGGCAAGGGAUGGUAAUGAAUGGGUCUGGGUGAUGGGAGAACAUCAGGAUGAUUUAACUGUAGAACAAAUGUUAGAGAACGAAGCACAAUCUGAAGCAGCUUCAAAAGCUUCAAAAGAGGCAGAAGAAUUACGGAUAAAGGAAGAAGCAGGAAUUAAAAUACAGAUUGAAAGAGAGAGAGAAGAAUUAGAACGUUCAAAAUUAGCAUGGGAAGCAGAAAUACGGCGAAAGAAAGAAGAAGCUGAUUUAUAUCAAUCAUUAAAGGACGCUCGAUUAGAAGCUGAAAGAUUAGAAAAAGAGAAAAGAGAAAAAGAGGAAGAAGAAGAAAAGAAAUUAAAAUUAUUAAAAGUAAGUUUAAAACAAGAAAAGUCACGAAGAAAAUCUGUUGAAAAUGCUAAUAUGUUAAAAAAUCGUCGAAGUACAGAAAUUUAUAGAAGAUGGCAAGAAAACCGAGAGAUAUUUGAAAAGAUUGCUAUUGAAAAUAGUAAGGAGAUAGAAAAAUCUUGGCAGGAACAAGAGAAGAAGGCAAAAGAAGCUGAACACAAAAGAAAAGAAAUAGCUAGAAAUGCUAGAGAAGAAAUUAAAGGAACAUUAACUAGAGGAAGUAAAGUAAUACAAGCCACUAAUGCUUUUAAAUCAUCAGCACGUCUUCCACCAGAACAAAAACCUCCUAUUCCUCCAAAGUAU